AUGGGAGAUCGCGGAUAUUCAAGCUCAAGAAGUUAUGGAGGUAGCAGCGGUGGCUACGGAGGAUCCCGCAGUGGUGGCGGAGGUGGAGGCUACGGAGGUGGAAGCGGCGGAUACGGAGGUGGUGGUGGAUAUGGCGGUGGCUACGGAGGAGGACGUGGUGGAUAUGGAGGCGGGCGAGGUGGAUCGUCGAGCCGUGGAGGAUCCAGCGGAGGAUCGGCUGGUGGACGUCUUCGAGAUAUCGAUUGGACUGCCGAGAACUUGCAGCCAAUCCAAAAAGACUUCUAUCACGAAAAUGCCGCCGUUUCGCGCCGUGAUCAGUACGAAAUUGACCAAUGGGUAUCGGCCAAUCAAGUUACUUUGGAAGGACGUGGUAUCCCACGUCCAGUCUUCGAGUUCAACGAAGCCCCAUUGCCAGGACAGGUCCACGAGCUUCUCUAUGGAAAGUUCCAGAAGCCAACUGUCAUCCAAUCGAUUUCUUGGCCAAUCGCCAUGAGCGGAAGAGACAUCAUCUCCAUUGCCAAGACAGGAUCAGGAAAGACCUUGGCCUUCAUGCUUCCAGCUCUUGUUCACAUCACCAAACAGCCACACCGUCAACGUGGAGAGGGACCUUCCGUUCUUGUCUUGCUCCCAACCCGUGAGCUUGCUCAACAAGUCCAAGAAGUCUCCAUCGAUUUCUGUCACUCCUUGGGACUCAAGAUGACCUGUCUUUUCGGAGGAGCCUCGAAGGGACCACAAGCUCGUGAUCUUGAGCGUGGAGUCGAUAUCGCUGUCGCCACUCCAGGACGUCUGCUCGAUUUCCUGGACAACGGAACUACAAACAUGAAGAGAUGCUCGUACUUGGUUCUCGACGAAGCCGAUCGUAUGCUUGACAUGGGAUUCGAGCCACAGAUCAGAAAGAUCAUCGGACAAAUUCGCCCGGAUAGACAAACUCUCAUGUUCUCCGCCACCUGGCCCAAGGAAGUUCGCUCAUUGGCUUCUGAUUUCCAAAAAGAUGCCGCUUUCCUGAAUGUUGGAUCACUCGAAUUGGCUGCCAACCAUAACAUCACCCAAGUCGUCGAUGUUUUGGAAGAGCAUGCGAAGCAGGCCAAGCUCAUGGAGCUUCUCAAUCACAUCAUGAAUCAGAAAGAAUGCAAGACCAUCAUCUUCGUUGAGACCAAGAGAAAGGCUGAUGAACUGACCCGCGCCAUGCGUCGUGACGGCUGGCCAACUCUUUGCAUUCACGGAGACAAAAAUCAAGGAGAAAGAGACUGGGUUCUUCAAGAAUUCAAAGCCGGAAAGAUGCCAAUUUUGUUAGCUACCGAUGUCGCUGCUCGUGGAUUGGAUGUUGAUGACAUCAAGUUCGUAAUCAACUACGACUAUCCAAACAAUUCGGAGGACUAUGUUCACAGAAUCGGUCGUACUGGACGACGUGACAAGAAGGGAACCGCUUACACCUUCUUCACCCAUACCAACGCCUCAAAGGCAAAAGACCUUUUGAAGGUUCUCGACGAAGCCAAGCAAAACGUUCCACAAGCUCUCCGUGAUAUGGGCAACCGAAGUUAUGGAGGUAGCAGCUCCAGAGGUCGUUACGGUGGUGGCGGCGGAGGAAAGCGUGGAUACGGAGGAAACGACAACUUCGCUCCAAAGCGGCCACGUUACGACAACGGAGGAUACGGAGGAGGUGGCGGCGGACGUUGGUAA